GGUUGUAUGGUUGGACCCUGGAAAUGGGAUGUCAGUCCCAUUCAGGGAGCAUAAAGGAAGAAAGAAAAUCUCCCAGUUGCUGCUGCUGUGACAGCGAGUGAGAGCAAGAGCAGGAAAAUGUCGACAGUCACAUCAGCAAUCCAGGCUCCUCAGGGCCCUGUGAAUCCGCCGCCGCCGGAGGUCACUAAUCCUAAUAAGCCUGGCCGGAAGACCAACCAAUUGCAAUAUAUGCAAAAUGUUGUAGUAAAGACCUUGUGGAAGCACCAGUUUGCUUGGCCUUUCUACCAACCUGUUGAUGCAAUUAAAUUGAAUUUGCCGGAUUAUCACAAAAUAAUAAAAAACCCCAUGGACAUGGGGACGAUCAAGAAGCGCCUGGAACAUAACUAUUACUGGAGUGCCAGUGAAUGUAUGCAGGAUUUCAACACCAUGUUUACAAAUUGUUACAUUUAUAACAAGCCCACAGAUGACAUCGUCCUCAUGGCCCAAGCCCUGGAGAAGAUAUUUCUGCAGAAGGUGGCCCAGAUGCCUCAGGAGGAAGUCGAAUUAUUACCCCCAGUUCCUAAAGGCAAAGGUCGCAAGCCGUCAGCAGGCACACAGAGUGCAGGAGCGCAGCAAGCAGUGGCCGUGUCUUCCGUCUCCCCGCCGGCCCCGUUUCAGAACGUCCCUCCAGCUGUGUCUCAGACGCCCGUCAUUGCUGCCACCCCUGUGCCAACCAUCACUGCUAAUGUCCCGCCUGUCACUGCCCCUCCCGCCGCUGCUCCCCCUCCGCCUGCUGCUCCGAUAAUGCCCGUGGUGCCUCCUACGCCACCGGUAGUCAAGAAAAAGGGAGUGAAGCGGAAAGCAGACACGACAACCCCCACCACCUCCGCGAUCACUGCCAGCCGAAGUGAGUCACCCACGCCCCUCUCGGACCCCAAGCAGGCCAAAAUCAUCGCUCGACGGGAGAGCGGCGGCCGGCCCAUCAAACCACCAAAGAAAGACCUUGAAGACGGAGAGGUCCCCCAGCAUGCAGGGAAGAAGGGCAAACUCUCUGAGCACCUCAAGUACUGUGACAGCAUUCUCAAGGAGAUGCUCUCGAAGAAGCAUGCAGCCUAUGCAUGGCCCUUUUACAAGCCUGUUGAUGCAGAGGCCUUGGAAUUACAUGACUAUCAUGAUAUUAUCAAACACCCCAUGGAUCUCAGUACUGUUAAAAAAAAAAUGGACAGUCGGGAAUACCAGGAUGCACAAGGUUUUGCAGCAGAUAUUCGGUUAAUGUUCUCUAAUUGUUACAAGUACAAUCCUCCAGACCACGAAGUGGUAGCCAUGGCCAGGAAGCUCCAGGAUGUCUUUGAGAUGAGGUUUGCAAAGAUGCCUGAUGAGCCUGCAGAGGCCCCACCUCCACCUCCAGCAACAGCACCAGUGGUGAGCAAAAGCACAGAGAGCAGUCACAGCGACUCAGAUAGCUCAGACUCAGAAGAAGAGCGAGCGACUCGGCUGGCGGAGCUCCAGGAGCAGCUAAAGGCUGUCCAUGAGCAGCUAGCUGCAUUGUCACAAGCACCAGUGAACAAACCAAAGAAAAAAAAAGAGAAGAAGGAAAAAGAGAAGAAGAAGAAAGAUAAAGAGAAGGAAAAAGAAAAGCACAAAGUAAAAGCUGAGGAGGAGAAGAAACCCAAGGUGGCUCAACCACCAAAACAAACCCAACAGAAGAAGGCCCCAGCUAAGAAAGCAAACAGCACGACUACAGCUAACAGGCAGCCCAAGAAAGGAGGCAAACAGGCGUCUGCAACCUACGAUUCAGACGAGGAGGAGGAAGGUCUGCCCAUGACCUAUGAUGAGAAACGGCAACUCAGCUUGGACAUCAACCGCCUGCCUGGGGAGAAGUUGGGCAGGGUGGUGCACAUCAUCCAGUCGCGGGAACCUUCCCUCAGAGACUCCAAUCCUGAUGAGAUAGAAAUAGAUUUUGAAACAUUGAAGCCCACAACUUUACGAGAACUGGAGAGAUACGUGAAAUCUUGUUUACAGAAAAAACAAAGGAAACCAUUUUCUGCAAGUGGAAAAAAGCAAGCAGCAAAGUCAAAAGAAGAGUUAGCUCAGGAAAAGAAGAAAGAACUAGAAAAACGGUUACAGGACGUCAGUGGGCAGCUAAACAACAACAAGAAACCUGCAAAGAAGGAGAAAUCCGGCUCAGCUCCCUCCGGAGGCCCUUCCCGGCUCAGCAGCAGCAGCUCCUCCGAGUCUGGGAGCAGCAGCUCCAGCGGCUCCAGCUCAGACAGCAGCGAUUCGGAAUGA